AUGGCGCUGGAGACGCUGCGGCUGAGGAAGGGCGGGUUCGCCGCCGCCGCCGCCGCCGCCGAGAACAAGGGAUCGACGACGGUGCUGGGUGGCGAGGUGACGGAGAUGCACUUCCGAGGGGUGAGGAAGCGGCCGUGGGGGCGGUUCGCGGCGGAGAUCCGGGACCCGUGGAAGAAGACGCGCAAGUGGCUAGGGACCUUCGACACGGCGGAGGAGGCGGCGCGAGCCUACGACGAGGCCGCCCGCAGCCUCCGUGGUCCCAAGGCGAAAACCAACUUCGGUUGCCCCGGCGACCACGGGAUCCAGUCCUCCGGGCCGCAGAUCAGUUGGGGGGCGGUGCCACGGUGGCGAUCGGCGCUGGAUGGGCGCGAUCUGACCAUCGGCCCUCCGCCGGCUCUGGCGGGCGGCGGAUCUGGGUGCUUGGGGUACCGUUUGGGAACGGUUGAGGUGGCAACGAGGGGAGACCAGGAGAUGGAGAAGGCGCUGGGGGCGGCCAUGGGGAGGAAGGUGGAAGACGAGGCGGAGGCGGCGAAGCAGAAGCAGCCCUUCUCCUUUGAUCUAAAUCUACCCGCUCCUCUCUUCUGA